AUGGCAGUCGCAACACUUAAGUGGAUCUUUCGUCUUUUGACGAUACUUACGAUAUCACACGGCGUUUGUGUGAUUUUUCAAGGAAAUGUUAUGCUGUCAGGAAUUGACAUAAAAAAGAUCACAGAGGAACUUAAAGAACUUAUGGACUGUCCUGUGAAAUCGAACAUCACUCAACGAGAACUAAACAGGGUGAGACUGCACUUCAGUUGUAAUGCCUCCGGAACUCUGAUCCUGACAAAACAGAACACUGCUCUGAAUCAAACAAUCCAGUAUGAGACCAACACCAAAGUGAAGCACAAAGUGAAUCCAGAGCUCUAUGAUAUGCUGCCUCAGGACUUUCCCUGGAAUAGUAAAUAUCUGGGACAGUGUGCUGUUGUGGGCAGUGGAGGUAUCCUGAAGAACAGCAGUUGUGGAGCUCAGAUUGACAGUGCAGAUUUUGUCAUCAGGUUUAAUAUGGCACCUAUUAACGACAGUGAUGUUGGGUUGAAAAGUGACCUGGUGACUGUUAAUCCAAGUCAGAUUAGGGUGGGGUACAAGGAUCUAGAUAAAAACCCUGGCCCGCUGGUGGAACGUGUGUCAGUUUAUGGCAAUGCCUCACUUAUUCUGCCAGCGUUUGCCUAUACCUUCAAUACUCAGCUCUCAUUCAGUACUCUGAAAGCUCUCCGCUCAGUCAAUGCUCCGCAGAAGGUGGUUUUCUUCAGUCCAUCUUACCUAAAAAUGCUCGACCGGUUCUGGAAGGCACGUGGCCUGAAAGAGAUCCGUCUCUCAACAGGCUUCAUGUUGAUCAAUGUGGCCUUGGAGCUUUGUGAGCACGUGCACAUCUAUGGCUUCUGGCCUUUUGAUGUCAACCUGGAUCAGCAGGCCAUCUCACACCAUUACUAUGACGACAAAGGACCAAGCCGUCGCAUGCAUUCCAUGCCACAGGAAUUCUUACGUCUGUUGCAGCUUCACAGCCAGGGAGCGCUGACUAUGCACCUACAGCCAUGUGCGUAA